AUGGUUGAACCUGUGGGUAACCAUUAUGUUAUUGCCAGACCUGUAUACUCGGAGAAUGCAUUCAAUGAAGAGCAUGAGAAAUUGCACAGAUACCAUAAAACCUUUUGGGAUCACCUGAAACUCUAUUUUAGCUGCUCCCCACAAAGGGCCAAAAAAAUUGCUUUGCGUUUGUUUCCAGUCGCUUCGUGGCUGCCAGCGUACCGCUUCAGGGAGUGGGUCCUGAGUGACAUCAUCUCUGGCAUCAACACGGGGCUGGUGGCUGUGCUGCAAGGCCUGGCCUUUGCUUUGCUGGUGAAUGUCCCCCCCAGUUAUGGACUCUAUGCAGCAUUCUUCCCUGUCCUGGUCUAUUUUAUCUUUGGCACAUCGAGACACAUCUCAGUGGGUCCCUUCCCUGUCCUGAGCCUCAUGGUGGGAGGAGUCGUCACCAGGCUGGUCCCCGAUGACAGCACUGGCAAUGGCAAUUCCACAAAUACCUCAGCAAUAAAUUAUGAGAGGGUGAUGGUGGCUGCAUCUGUAACCUUCCUUUCUGGGGUGGUUCAGUUGCUUCUGGGAAUUUUCCAGUUUGGAUUCAUCGUUAUUUAUCUAUCACAAUCAUUAAUCAGUGGUUUCACAACUGCUGCAGCUAUCCACGUUUUGGUAUCUCAACUGAAAUUCAUGUUUCAAUUACCUGUCCCCGGAUUUAAUAAACCAUUUGGCAUCAUCUAUACUCUGGAGAGCGUUUUCAGCCAGAUCACAAAAGCAAACAUUGCUGACCUGGUCACAUCACUGAUUGUGUUGCUUAUCGUGUUUGUGGUAAAAGAAAUGAAUGAUCGAUACAAGGAAAAGUUACCAGCUCCCAUCCCGAUCGAACUCCUGGUGACAAUCUUAGCAGCACUGAUUUCCUAUUUUGUCAACUUUGAAGAAAAAUUUGAUGUAGCUGUUGUUGGAAAACUAGAGGAAGGGUUUCAUGCACCUGUUGCACCUGAUGUAGGCAUCCUCCAGAACUGUAUUGGUGACGGCAUUUCCAUUGCAAUCGUUGGGUUUGCAGUGGCCUUCUCCGUGGCUAAAGUCUAUUCCAUCAAGCAUGACUACCCAAUAGAUGGCAACCAGGAACUAAUUGCUUUUGGGCUGGGUAAUAUAGUUGGUGGAUCAUUCAAGGGAUUUGCCUCCAGCACUGCUCUGUCAAGAUCAGGUGUGCAGGAGAGCACAGGAGGCAAAACACAGAUUGCUGGCAUUAUCUCAUCUGUCAUUGUUUUGAUUGUGAUCUUGGCCAUUGGGUUUCUCCUGGCACCAUUACAGAAGUCAGUCCUUGCAUCUUUGGCUCUUGGCAAUUUGAAAGGAAUGCUCAUGCAGUUCAAGGAAAUAGGCAUCCUCUGGAGAAAGGACAAGUAUGACUGUGUUAUAUGGGUGGUGACUUUCUUAGCUGCCAUCUUUCUUGGCCUGGACAUUGGACUAGGAACAGCUGUGGCAUUCCAGCUGCUGACUGUGGUGAUCCGCUCCCAGAUUCCAAGCUGCACUGUUUUGGCCAAUGUUGGGAGAAGUAACAUCUACAGAAACAGGAAGGAUUACACUGAUAUCUAUGAGCCAGAGGGAGUGAAGAUUUUCAGAUGCUCCUCUCCAAUCUUCUUUGCUAAUAUUGAAUUCUUCAGAGAGAAACUCAUCACUGCUGUUGGCUUCAACCCACUGAGAGUCCUGAGGAAACGCAAUAAAGCUCUGAGGAAGAUUAGGAAGAUGCUGAAGAAAGGAGAGCUGCAAGUGACACCGAAGGGCUUGAUUUGCAUGGCUAACCCUACAUAUGAGUCAGAGGAAGAGUUGGACAACAACAAGAUAGAAGAGCUGGACCAGCCCACCAUCAUGACAGACUUGCCCAUUCGGAUCAACUGGAGCACUGACCUCCCCCCUGGCAUCACUGUGCCCCAGGUCAACAUCCACAGCAUCAUUCUGGAUUUCUCAUCUGUGUCCUUCCUGGAUUUUUCUGCCAUGACAGUCCUCCGAAAGACUUUGAAAGAGUUUGUCCGGCUCGACAUUGACAUUUACAUUGCUGGGGCAUAUGAGGGCCUCCUGGACAAACUGGAGAGAAGUGCAUUUUUUGAUGAAGAGAUUAAGCCAUCCAUGUUUUUCCUCACCAUUCAUGAUGCAGUUUUACACAUUUUGCUGAAGAAGGACAUAGCCAACUCCCCCAAAUUAAAGCUUGCUGAGGAGAAGGGUAGAAGCAGUGACUAUGUCAUCAUCCCCAGGAACGGACUGCGCAGCCGCGAGUGCACGAUUCCAACAGAAACAAAAUUUUAG